AUGAUUUAUCAGUCGAGUGGAGAGCCAGGUCAGAGCGGUCAAAGUGCUGAGCGUGCUCACCGUCACUUGAUUGAUGCAAUAAGGCAAAAGGAUCUAAGUGCUCUGGUCGACACGAUAGACAAUGGAGUUGUUGAUGUGAAUUUCACCGAUGACGUCGGACAAACAUUGUGCAAUUGGGCUUCCGCAUUUGGUUCACUGGAGAUGGUUCAGUAUCUGUGCGAUAAGGGUGCUGAUGUCAACAAAGGGCAUAAAAGCAGUAGUCUUCACUAUGCUGCUUCUUUUGGGCGACCAGACAUAGUGAAGGUACUGCUUCAACGAGGAGCUAAUCCUGAUUUGAGAGAUGAGGACGGAAAAACA